AUGGGACCCAGCUUAGCAACGUUCCUGAGAUGGAAGAAGGAAGAGCAACCAAGAGGACUGACAUUAGUGAACAUUUAACCAUUUUCAGUACAUCAGCUUUUAAGCAGCUAAAAACAUCUUUGAAGAAGUAAGUUGGCAGGUUGUCCAGACAGCAGGUGGAUGAUUUUCAGGUCUUUACUAUAUUCCUCCAGCGUUUUAGCACUUAUCACUGAAUGCUGGUAUUCUAGCCAGAUUGUUGCUGUGAGGCUGCAGCUGUGGUCGGUUUAGAAAAGGCUUUCCAGGGCUCCAUGUGGGGGCGCAGCGCCUGUGAUUAAGAGGAACUCACAGAGUGCGGUGGAAAUAAAGUUACCACGACGCAUGGAAUGUAAACGAUGAACCAUCAUAAGACCGUUGCAUCGUGAUAUUAUUGGUAUCGUGUCGUAUCACAAGCUCCUGUGUCCGUGAUGGGAUUAAACUAAUGACAUGUCGGUUCUUAGACAUGAACGAACACAGCUCCCGCAGCCACAGCAUCUUCCUCAUCAACAUCAAGCAGGAAAAUGUGGAAACGGAGAAGAAGCUGUCGGGGAAGCUGUACCUGGUGGACCUGGCUGGCAGCGAGAAGGUCAGUAAGACCGGAGCUGAGGGAGCGGUGUUGCACGAGGCAAAGAACAUCAACAAGUCUCUGUCAGCGCUGGGAAACGUCAUCUCGGCUCUGGCUGAAGGAACCAAAACCCACGUCCCGUACAGAGACAGUAAGAUGACUCGGAUCCUGCAGGACUCCCUGGGAGGAAACUGCCGCACCACCAUCAUCAUCUGCUGCUCGCCGUCCGUCUACAACGAGGCCGAGACCAAGUCCACGCUGAUGUUCGGACAGAGAGCGAAGACCAUUAAGAACACAGUGUCUGUAAACCUGGAGCUGACAGCCGAAGAGUGGAAGAAGAAAUAUGAGAAGCAGAAGGAGAAAAACAAGAAUCUGAAAUCCAUCAUCCAGAAGCUGGAGGCUGAACUGAACCGCUGGAGGAACGGGGAAAGCGUUCCUCGGGAGGAGCAGCUGAGCUCUAAAGGUCAGAACGGCAUCGAGCAGAAUGACAACACUCCUAUCAUCGAUAACCUGCUGCCAGCUGGAGGAGGCGUCCCAGUGAUAAAUGAGGAGAGGAGCAAAUAUGAGGAGGACGUCAGCAACCUGUACAGACAGCUGGAUGACAAGGACGAUGAAAUCAACCAGCAGAGUCAGCUGGCAGAGAAACUAAAGGAGCAGAUGAUGGAUCAGGAGGAGCUGCUGGCGUCCACGCGGCGCGACUUCGAGAAGAUCCAGGAGGAGCUGUGCCGGCUGCAGAUGGAGAACGAUCUGGCGAAGGAGGAGGUGAAGGAGGUGCUGCAGGCGCUGGAGGAGCUGGCUGUUAACUAUGACCAGAAGAGCCAGGAGGUGGAGGUGCGUGAGCAGACCAACCAGCAACUGGGCGAGGAGCUGCAGCAGAAAACAGCACUUCUGUCGGUGGUGCAGCGAGAGCUGAGUCAGCUGCAGGAAUUGAACAGUCUGCAGAGGAAGCGGGCUGCCGAGGUCCUCAACCUGCUGCUGAGGGACCUCAAUGACAUCGGUGCCAUCAUCGGCGCGGGUGACAUCAAGACGGGUUCGACCUCAGAGACGAAGGGGAACGGGUCGGCGGUGGAGGAGGAGUUCACUGUCGCUCGCCUCUACAUCAGCAAGAUGAAGUCAGAGGUCAAAUCUCUGGUGAAUCGCAGCAAGCAGCUGGAGAGCACUCAGGCCGACGCCCACCGUAAGAUACAGGCCAAUGAGAGGGAGCUAGCAUCCUGUCAGCUGCUCGUCUCCCAGCACCAGGCCAAGAUCAAGUCGCUGACCGACUACAUGCAGAACAUGGAGCAGAAGAAGAGGCAGCUGGAGGAGAGCCAAGACGCGCUGAGUGAAGAGCUCACCAGGCUCCAGGCUCAGGAAAAAAGGCACGAGGUGUCAGAGGAGGAGGACACCAACAGGCUGGAUGGAGACGAGAAGCUCCAGAAGACUCUGGAGGAGCAGCUGGAGAGCCACAGGGAGGCACAUCAGAAGCAGCUCGGCCGCCUUCGGGACGACAUAGAAGAUAAGCAGAGGAUGCUGGAUGAACUCACAGAUCUCAACCAGGGUCUGCUGCUCGAGCAGGAGAGACUCGUGUCCGACUACGAAAAACUCAAGUCCGAGGAGCGGGAGAAGGAUGCAAAGCUCCAGAAUCUCAUUUUGCUGAAUGAACACAGAGACCAGGCCAGAGAAGACCUGAAGGGUCUGGAGGAGACGGUGGCGAAGGAGCUGCAGACGUUACACAACCUGCGCAAACUCUUUGUGCAGGACCUCACCGCUCGGGUCAAGAAGAGCGCAGAGCUGGACUGUGAGGAGGGGCUCGGCAACGCGGCUCAGAAACAGAAGAUCUCCUUCCUGGAGAACAACCUGGAGCAGCUCACCAAGGUCCACAAGCAGCUGGUCCGAGACAACGCAGACCUUCGCUGUGAGCUUCCGAAACUGGAGAAACGUCUACGAGCCACGGCCGAGCGGGUCAAAGCUCUGGAGAACGCUCUGAAAGAGGCCAAGGAGAACGCCAUGAGGGACCGCAAGCGCUACCAGCAGGAGGUGGACCGCAUCAAAGAGGCCGUCCGAGCCAAGAACAUGGCCAGGAGAGGAUUCUCAGCACAGAUUGCAAAACCGAUUAGACCGGGUCACCAUCCGCUAUCGUCACCCAUCCUCAGCUCCGUCAGACCCGCUGGAGUCUAUGCUCACAACAACUGAAACCACCACAGCAAACUGUAUUCAAUGCGCCGCAUGCCCUACACCACCUCACCUGGAUCCCUCAAGCCCCACCCCUCCUCUUGGAGCACCAAUGGGAGGCCUUUGCUGUCAGCAGAGACGCUGAUGCUUUGCUUCCUGAAAUAUUCUACGUUCGCUGUAAUGUGUGAAUUUGUUCUUAGUUCAAAGUUUGACAGCUUAUGGAAUCUGCAUCAAAUCAGUUAUUAGUCCAAACUGCAAGUUUUACUUUUCUAAAGCAGAGUUUGGGAGGUGUUCGGUGUUUAGAGAAAAAAGACCUUUUCUGUUCUGAUGUCUAGCUCUGUCCUGAGGGUGGGGUUUGGGGUAGAUCUGCUAACAUGUUUUUGACAAUCCUACAAAGAAAAUCUGACCGUGUGAGGAUUAAUAAUGUGUUAGGUUUAGGCCUCCGAUGGGCUUAAUCAAGUCCCAGUGCUAGAGCCGGUGUCGGACUGGUUUUCCAACUCAGAUCCACGUCAUUAAGGGUGUGGAACACUGAAAAAACAUUUUUCAAGUCUUAUUUCUGACUAUAAUCGGUCACUCUGAGUUUUUCAUGCAGACUGAACACCAAAAUAGUCUCCUACACGUAUCUCCUGCAUUAGCUUCUGAUAGAAAAUAGACGGUGAAACUCUAGGAUUGGAAAAGCCUGACAGAUCUACGUCACACUGUCACUUAGCAGUCAUGCACUCACCCAUCUUGACUUACGACGGGGAAGGUUGUUGUUGUUUUAGCGUCCAGGAAACAGCAGAGAACAUCUCAGUCAGUAGAAGCUAAUUGUUAGCAUCAUAAACACCACCACACAGCACAUUUCCUCCAGGCUUGUGUUAUUUCUGGAGAUGAAACAUCAACGUUGCAGAGCAAACAGAGUCGGUGGUAGAGUCGCGUUGCUGUUAUCCAGUUCGAGUCAAGAUGCCCAAAUGUCAGGAAAUAUGACUUCAAAACCUGCUGUCUGAACCUCAGCAGUGAUGUGGCUCGCUUCUAGUUCCUGGAAAUGGUGCACCUGUGCCGCCCCCCUUUCCAAGGCACAUAUUCCUACUAGAGAAUACUGCAAAUGUAAUAAUUAAAUGAGUGUUCCACGCUUUUAAGCAAUUCUUUCUGUAAAUGUUCGAUCCUCCUCUGAUGUAUUCUUGAGCCUAACUUAUGCAGCUCCAUCAGCUCGGGUGAGGAGUUGCACACACUCAUUGAUCAAGACAUUUUCCAGAGGGCAUAAUGCUUUUUGCGGGGGGUGUGCUGCUACCCUUGCAGUCAUGUCUCUGGUCCAGAAUAGAGUAUUUACUGUUGUGUUUUAUGUAUUUCAGAGACUUUUUAACUGCAACAAAUUUGCCCCAAUUCUCCUCCACCGCCUCCAAACCCACGUUUUCCCAAUUUCCUUCCACGACUAAAAAGUUUGCCGCACAUCUUUGUGCUUGUUCGGUCACGAUCGGUUCCGUGUCCACUGCAAGUUGUCUUUGCCACUCUUUGCUGCCUUCAACAGACAGUUGCGUGCCUCUGUUUUGCCGCAGAUGGAGAAAUAUGAACUAGGCAGUAUUAGUGCGCAAAAUGGAAAGUGUCCUCUCGGAGAGAGUCACCGGACGGUAUGGACAGGUUUAAAAACCCAAAAUUGGCUUCACUGAAGGACUGGAAAUGAUCAGUUUAAAGACUGAAGGCAGAGAGCAAAAUGAUCUCAGCCUGAACCAAACAAAGUCUUGUUAUCUGAAUCUGACGCCCUGGCGGCCUUGAGCUGCAAGCAACUAAAACCCCCACGAAGGCAUGCAGACAGAUGCUGUGAAAACCCGAGCUCCCCCCCACCGCCUUCGGAUUGGUGGACUUCAGCCUGGCGAGGCCAUCAGCUGUAGGAGUCAAUGUGCUCUUUGCUUCUCCCAAGAUCUCCCUCCCACCUGUGACUGUACAGUAGAUGAGCGCCAGAUGGCUGCUCCCCCCACCCCCCCAGCUUCCUAUUGGAGUCUCAUGUUAUGUUGUGUUGUCUGAAGUCUGUUGCAUAUCUGUUGAGGUGUUUUUUUUUUGCAGAGCAAAGCUGCCCUCCCAGUGGAGGGUAACUCUGAAGUGCCUUUUUUUCCCUCCACCUGAACCAAUCCUCAUGUAACCCUCUUAUCUCUAUUAAGGUAGCGCAACUCGGGUUGCGAAUGACCACAGUCACCAAUUCUUGUCAUGUGUCUUGCCCAUGUAUGUCUGAUCUCUGAAUUGUGUGUACUGAAACUCUAAUUUCCCUCUGGGAUUAAUAAAGUAUUGACUGAUUGAUUGAUGAGGAUUGCAGUGCAAACAGACGGUUUCUUUAGACAGAUUACAGGAUUUGUCUGCUUAUUCACAGUCUGUUUUAUAAACACUGUAAAUAAGUUGGUGCUUGUGAACGCUCUUUAUAAAUCUCCAGUCAGUAUUUGUUAGCUGUCACCGCGAACCGGAGUCAUGUAUAACGUUUCAAGCAGAACUUAUAAACACCAGUUGGUGACAUCAAAGAAGCAGACCCUGUUUAUCAAUUUAAAUUGUGUAAAUGACUCGCUCUGAGCAGGAUUUCUAAACGCCAGCUUAGUCGAGUUAGAUGGAGAAUGUAGUGGCUGAAUAUUUUCAUUGUUACAGAGAUUUAGAAACACCAGAAAGACACUGAUCAGCCAAUCAGAUGUCAUCUGUUGCUUUCAGAUCAGCUUGUUGUAUUUUUUUUAGAAUUGAACAAUUUCUUUGUUUUUUUUUUUGUCUAAUUUAAACUCCAGAUUAACCAAUCAGAGAGACGGAGUCGGAAAAACGGAGAUAAAUGUAAAAUGUGUAACAUUCUGCCACAUUUUGUGCCUUUUAGAAACCUCCAGAACAACACAUUUACCCCAGAGAAACUUCUAAAACCAGAUGUUCACAAUAAUUUGAAACUGAUAUGUGAGAAAAUCUCCUUUGAGUAAAAAAAAGAUUGUAAUUCUUGAGAUCUUUAAAGACAUAUUUAACCUUUUUGAGUUUAGUUGAAUGUAUAUUUGAGCAACGUGUUUAGAAACGCAGUAAGUGAAUGUAGCUGCAUGGAUAGGAGUUUGUACUAAAGGCAUGCUCAGGGAGAGCGCUUACAUCAUGUUUCACACUGACCUCAUUGAGUUGAAUACUAUCAUUUAAACUGUGUGUUUUUUUAAUGUGGCAUCAUAUGUCUGAGUAUAUCUGCACAUGAAUAAAUAUUUACCUUUUUGUAAAACCGA